AUGGCGGCGUCCGUGUGCGGUCCGCCGGUUGUCCGGGCGCUAAGGGCGAAAAGGGCUGCUGGGGGCUGCCUUGGCCCUGGGGGGCCCCGGCGCUGUGCCUAUGAAUGGGGCGUGCGCUCCACGCGCAAACCUGAGCCGCCGCCACUGGACCGCGUGUACGAAAUACCGGGGCUGGAGCCCGUGACGUGGGCUGGCCUCCAGUACUACAAGCCGGGCCUGGCCAGGCCCGUGUUCCCUCCGUGGGAACGAGGCUGGGAUGACCCGAGGCGACGCCGUCACGUCCCGCGUGACAGCCACCCCCUGCGGCGCCUCGAGCUCUGUCACGUGAUGCACCAGAGCUGUCGCCUGCUCGAGGGUGUAAAGCAAGCCCUCUGGCUCACCAAAUCCAAGCUAAUAGAAGGUCUCCCACAGAGGAUCCUCAGCCUGGCCCAAGAGCCAGCGAAUCACAUCGAGAACCAGGAUGAGCAGGUCCAGAAAGCCAUCUGGCACGCACGCCUGUGGCACUCCACUGAGGACAUCCCCAAGAGAGAGACAUACUGCCCUAUCAUGGUGGACAAUCUCCUACAGCUGUGCAAAACAAAGAUCCCUCAAUACCCCGCUCUGACCAGAAGGAUCCAGGCCAAGGACUACAUGCUGUCUGCCUCGUGGCGCCGAGAGUCAACUUUCCUUCAGAUCCGUGGGCUUAACGGCACCCGCCUUAGUGCCCGGGAGCCUUUGGCGCCCAUCGCCUCCCCGGAGGAGGUCCAGGCCACCGAGAGUCACGUUCUGGACACCUUCUACCCCAUCGCCCCGACCAUUAAUCUUCAGGAAUGCGACAUUUAUGACGUGAGAAACGACACAGGUUUUCACGAAGGCUACCCUUACCUGCAUCCCCACACCGUGUACUUCAUGGAGUCGGCCAACCGUCGUCGGGCCCGCUUUCGGCCCGAGCAGCUCCGAGCUAAGAUGAUCAUGUUCGCCUUUGGCAAUGCCCUGGCUCAGGCCCGGGCUUUGUAUGGGGAGGAGGCUCGGCCGCUGGAGCAGCCGCUCGUCGUGCAGAGUGUCGGCACCGAUGGCCGCAACUUCCAGUUCCUGGUGUUCCAGCUGAACACGACUGACCUGGCCUCCAGCGAGGGGGUCAAGAACCUCAUUUGGAUGGAUUCCGACCAGCUUCUCUACCAGCAUUUUCGAUGUCUUCCGGUCAUUAAGAAGAAAGUCGUCGUGGAGCCCCCUGGAAUCAUCGAUUACCAGCCCGAGACCUUCCGGAAGUUUUUCGCUCUGUACCUGCAUGGUGCCGCGUGAGCUCCGUGCCGGGCCGUGUGCAGACUGGCCGGGGGACGCCGAGCGGCUCUGGACACCAAUAAAGAGCUUUCUAACUCCUG